CGGAGCUGCUCUCUCCUCCCUGCUCUCUCCUGUCUGCCUGGGGUUUUAUUAGUUAGAGGAGAUUUCCCUCUUUGGAACGACGUGCAAUGUGAGGGCAGAGCUUGCAGAGCGAGGAGGGGCUCAGCCGCGUGUGACUGUCGGCAGGUACACCACGAUGUCCCUUGUGGCACUCCCCUUCUACCAGAAGAGACACCGACACUUGGAUCAGUCGUACCGAAACACUCGAACAAGGUACCUUCUGGAUGAAUAUGCUUCGAAAAGGCGCACUUCGACCCAGUCGUCCUCGCAGAGGUCCCUCUCCCAGCGGUCGUCCUCGCAGAGAUUGUCCUCGCAGAGGGCUGCCAGCCAGACGUCGCUGGGGGCCACCACGUGCAGGAUCUGUGCCAAGCGGGUGAGCGAGCAGGAAGAGGAGCAGCGUGAAACCGAAAGCAAGAAAAGGUACCAGUCCCUGGAGGCCAUGUACGGCGAGACCAAGCGCCAGCGCUUCCUCAGCGAGCUGGCGCAGCUGGAGGAGGACGUGCAGCUGGCGCGGUCCCAGGCCCGCGACAAGCUGGACAAAUACGCCCUUCUGGAGAUGGUGGAGGACAGGAUGUCCUGGGAGCGGCCCUCGUACCUGGAGCGGAUGCGCCGGGCCCCCGAGAUCCUGGUGCGGCUGAGGUCCCACACCGUCUGGGAGAGGAUGAACGUGAAGCUCUGCUUCACCGUGCAGGGCUUUCCCACGCCCGUGGUGCAAUGGUACAAGGACGGCAGCCUGAUUUGCCAGGCGGCAGAGCCGGGGAAGUACAGGAUCGACAGCAACUAUGGGGUGCACACGCUAGAGAUCAACAGGGCAGACUUCGACGACACGGCGACCUACUCCGCGGUGGCUACCAACUCCUACGGCCAGGUGUCCACCAACGCCGCGGUGGUGGUGAGACGGUUCCGGGAUGAGGAUGAGCCCUUCCGCUCGGUGCAACUCCCCAUCGGACUGCCCUUCUCCUCUAUGAUCCCGUACACGCACUUCGACGUCCAGUUUUUGGAGAAAUUUGGGGUCACCUUCAGAAGAGAAGGCGAGACAGUCACCCUCAAGUGCACGAUGCUGGUGACGCCUGACCUGAAGAGGGUGCAGCCGCGGGCGGAGUGGUACCGGGACGAUGUGCUGGUGAAAGAGUCCAAGUGGACCAAGAUGUUCUUCGGUGAGGGCCAGGCCUCCCUGUCCUUCAGCCACCUGAACAAGGACGACGAGGGCCUGUACACGCUGAGGAUCGUGUCUCGAGGCGGGGCCAGCGAGCACAGCGCCUUCCUGUUUGUCAGAGACGCUGACCCGCUGGUCACGGGGGCCCCCGGAGCACCCAUGGACCUGCAGUGCCACGACGCCAACCACGACUACGUCAUCGUGACCUGGAAGCCCCCCAACACGACCACCGAGAGCCCCGUCCUUGGUUAUUUCAUCGACCGGUGUGAAGUGGGAACGAACAACUGGGUCCAGUGCAAUGACGCACCCGUGAAGAUCUGCAAAUACCCCGUCACGGGACUGUUCGAAGGAAGGUCCUACGUGUUCCGCGUCAGGGCGGUGAACAGCGCGGGCGUCAGCCGGCCCUCCAGGGUCUCCGACGCGGUGGCCGCCCUGGAUCCCGGCGACCUCAAGAGGUUGCAAGCGGUUCACUUGGAGGGAGAGAAAGAAAUUGUCAUCUAUGAAGACGACCUUGAGGGUGACGUCCAGAUCCCGGGACCCCCCACCAAUGUGCACGCCUCGGAGAUCAGCAGGAACUACGUGGUCCUCAGCUGGGAGCCGCCCACCCCCCGCGGCAAGGAGCCGCUGAUGUACUUCAUCGAGAAGUCCGUGGUCGGGAGCGGCACCUGGCAGAGGGUGAACCCCCAGACAGCCGUGAGGUCCCCCCGCUACGCCGUCUUCGACCUCGCCGACGGGAAAUCCUACGUGUUCCGCGUUCUGUCGGCAAACAGGCACGGCCUGAGCGACCCGUCGGAAAUCACGUCUCCGGUUCAGGCGCAGGACGCGAUUGUUGCUCCUUCUGCCCCUGGUCGCGUCCUCGCCUCCCGAAACACCAAGACGUCGGUGGUGGUGCAGUGGGACAAGCCCAGGCAGGAGGAGGACCUGCUGGGCUACUACGUGGACUGCUGCGUGGCUGGGACCAACCUGUGGGAGCCCUGCAACCACAAGCCCAUCAAAUACAACAGGUUUGUGGUGCACGGCUUGACCACGGGCGAGCAGUACAUCUUCCGGGUGAAGGCCGUCAACGCCGUGGGCACCAGCGAGAACUCCCAGGAGUCCGACCCCAUCCAGGUCCAGGCAGCGCUCACCACGCCGUCUCACCCCUACGGGAUCACGCUGCUGAACUGCGACGGCCACGCCAUGACGCUGGGCUGGAAGGUGCCCAAGUUCAGCGGCGGCGCGGCCAUCCUGGGCUACUACAUAGACAAGCGGGAAGUGCACCACGCAAACUGGCACGAGGUCAACCCUUCGCCCGUUAAAGACACCAUCUUCACGGUGGAGGGGCUGACGGAAGGCUCGCUCUAUGAAUUCAAAAUCGCUGCCACCAACCUUGCUGGCAUCGGGGAGCCGUCGGACCCCAGCGAGCACUUCAAGUGCGAGGCCUGGACCAUGCCGGAGCCCGGUCCCGCCUACGACCUGACGUUCUGCGAGGUCAGGGACUCCUCCCUGGUCCUGCUGUGGAAGGCCCCGGUGUAUUCCGGCAGCAGCCCCGUCUCCGGGUACUUUGUGGAUUUUAAGGAAGAGGACGCUGGAGAGUGGCGCACCGUGAACCAGACGGCAACUGCGAACCGCUAUCUAAAGGCCUGUGACCUGCAGCGAGGCAGGAUCUACGUCUUCAGGGUCCGCGCGGUGAACGCCAGCGGCGUGGGGCGGCCGUCGGACACGUCCGAGCCGGUGCUCGUGGAGGCCAGGCCAGGCACCAAGGAAAUCAGCGCUGGCGUCGACGAGGAAGGCAACAUCUACCUGGCCUUCGACUGCCAGGAGAUGACGGACGCGUCUCAGUUCACCUGGUGCAAGUCCUACGAGGAGAUCGCGGACGAGGGGAGGUUCCGCGUGGAGACCGCCGGGGAUCACUCUAAGCUGUACUUUAAGAACCCAGACAAGGAGGACGUGGGGACCUACUCUGUGUCCGUGAGCGACACGGACGGCGUGUCCUCCAGCUUCAAUCUGGAUGCGGAAGAGCUUGAACGUUUGAUGCUACUGAGCAAUGAAAUCAAGAAUCCCACGAUCCCUCUGAAAUCGGAAUUAGCUUAUGAGAUUUUUGAUAAAGGCCAGGUUCGCUUCUGGCUGCAGGCCGAGCACCUGUCACCAGACGCCAGCUACCGGUUCAUUAUUAACGACAGAGAAGUCUCUGACAGCGAGGCACACAGAAUUAAAUGUGACAAGGCCACCGGCAUUAUCGAGAUGGUGAUGGAUCGGUUUACCAUUGAGAACGAGGGCACCUACACGGUGCAGAUUCACGACGGGAAAGCCAAGAGCCAGUCUUCGCUGGUGCUCAUCGGGGACGCAUUCAGGACUGUCCUAGAUGAAGCUGAAUUUCAAAGAAAAGAAUUUCUCAGGAAACAAGGCCCCCAUUUCGCCGAGUAUCUGCACUGGGACGUCACGGAGGAUUGCGAAGUUCGACUUGUCUGUAAGGUUGCAAACACCAAGAGAGAAACAGUGUUCAAAUGGCUCAAGGAUGAUGUUCUCUAUGAAACAGAUAAGGCGCCAGACCUGGAGAAGGGGGUCUGCGAGCUCCUUAUACCCAAGCUGUCAAAGAAGGACCAUGGUGAAUACAAGGCCACCUUGAAGGACGAGAGAGGCCAGGACGCUUCCGUCCUCGAAAUCGCCGGCAAAGUGUAUGAGGACAUAAUUUUGGCCAUGAGCAGAGUCUGUGGAAUGUCUGCAUCUCCACUGAAGGUGCUCUGCACCCCGGAGGGAAUCAGACUGCAGUGUUCCAUGAAGUACUUUACGGAGGAAAUGAAGGUGAACUGGUAUCACAAAGAUGCCAAGAUUCCGUCCAGCGAGCACAUGCGGAUCGGAGGCAGCGAGGACAUGGCCUGGCUGCAGAUCUGCGAGCCCACGGAGAAGGACAAGGGCAAAUACACCUUCGAGAUUUUUGACGGCAAAAGCAACCACCAGCGCUCACUGGACCUGUCUGGACAAGCUUUCGACGAAGCAUUUGCAGAAUUCCAGCAACUCAAGGCUGCUGCUUUUGCAGAGAAGAAUCGUGGCAGGGUGGUCGGCGGUUUGCCUGACGUGGUGACCAUCAUGGAAGGAAAGACGCUGAAUCUGACCUGCACGGUGUUUGGGAACCCCGACCCCGAGGUGGUCUGGCUCAAGAACGACCAGGACAUACCGCUCAGCGACCACUUCUCGGUGAAGGUGGAGCAGGCCAAGUUCGUGAGCAUGACCAUCAAGGACGUCUCCUCCGAGGACUCGGGCAAGUACAGCAUGAGCGUCAAGAACAAGUACGGCGGCGAGAAGAUCGAUGUCACGGUCAGCGUGUACAAGCACGGGGAGAAGAUCCCGGAGGUGUCCCUGCCGCAGCAGGCGAAGCCCAAGCUCCUCCCGGCCUCCGCCUCGUCUCCGGCCGAAUAGAAUUAGUUUUUCCAGCCUGCAGACAAAAAAAAAAAAAUCCCAGGAAUGCCGUGUGUUUGUUCCUGAUGCUUGGCCGUGACCAGAGUGACCUCGUGUGUGGGCAGAUGGCUGGUUCGAUGUCGUGCUUUUAAUUUUUGCAUUGGGUGAUUAUUAUUUUAUAUCUCUCUGAGGGGAAAAGCUAAUGUUUUCCACAAGGCUGCACAGCUUCCGUGCACAGGAGGGUGAACAACAGGUACCUGCAGGCGAGCGGGUCGCCAGACGGUGCCGAUGUUUCCGAGGACACGGAUUCGCUGCCCAGGCGUGCAUGGCGUGUGGUGUUCUGCGGAAAGCGCCGUCCCUGCCGCGGUUGUGCUCUUUGGGGGCUGCAAGAUCCAGCAGCUCUGAAAUUCCCGCUGUGGAGCCUCUGAAGCAUGUGUUACCUGGUUACACUGUGUUUUCUCUUGCUUUAGGCUAAUAAAACUGUAAAAGGCA